AUGGCAGCGGCAGUGCGCAGGCACCCAUGGGUAACACACGCCAAAGCACAUUAGAGGCAGAGAGAUGGAGGGAGGCGGAGAUGGAACACACAGAACACCGCUCAGGGGGACGGAGAGAGACGGAGAGACAAAGAGAAACAGAGAGAGAGAGAAAGAGAGAGGAGGGUAGGCUGUCAGAUUAAAGAGAAGAGAGAAGAAGAAAAGAUGAGAGACAUGGCGAUGUUUGUCUCUCCACACUUUUUUUUUUUUUUUUCUCGAACAGGCUGUCUGGUUGGAGAUGAUGUUUUACAUCACUGCCUCAGGUAUCUCUCUGUCUCUCUCUUGCUCUCUCUCUGUCCUGAGUGUUGUCUGUUGGGGUUUCUUCCUCUACCUCCUUUAGUUUAAAUAAAAUUCAAGAAUCUGCAUUAAAAAUAGAGAUGCACUGUUUUCUUUUUACACCAACUUUGAGCGAUGAUAGGAUACAUUCCUCAUAACCAUAAUCUAACCACAAAAUUACAACACGCCCCAUGCAAUUCAACUUAAAUGAAAAAGUUAACCCUCAUUGUUGCAUGUCCUGGCUUUGUAUAGACUUCAAGUUCAUGUAGAAGAUGGAUGUCUGUGUCUGCCAAUCAGCAUACACAAGAUACUGAUGUUUAACCUGAAAGCUUUUUAGUGCAGUGACCUCAACAGUUUUAAUCAUAGUUCCUGUUUGUUUUUAGGAGGUUAACACCUCCUCUGAUAAUUUAGAUGCCUGAGAAAUCUUUUUUUUACCAUUUAAUAUCAGUGAAGAUGGUCAAGUACAGACAAAUUACCCUACCUGACAUGAGUGGCAGCUCGGCUCUCAGCCCCUCUGCUUGUAUCAUGUCUGAAAAACUCAAAUAGGCAAGGUUAAAACUGCUUUUCCAACCGCCUAUACUCAGCUAGCACUCCAAUGUUGUUUCCAUAUCUUCAUGUGAAAACGCGGUUCAACUUAGUUAGUCCAAAAAAAGUAAAGUUUGUGAUAGUUUCAAAGCUCUAAACUCUCUCAUGUCGGGACACAUUUCCAACAAUUGUCGUUGAGUGUCCGACUGAUUCCAAUAAAAGAGGAAAACAAUAGCAGGAACAAUUUUGAUUAUUGAUUAGCGAUUUUGGUCCAAUCAGGGCUACUUAUUUGUUAAGUUUUAUACCGUUUGUCAGACAUUUUUAAACACAUAAUAAAGUUAUUCAUGACAUAAAUUGUACAUUUGUCAGCAAUCAAAACAGAAAAGUUGUUGUAGAUCUACAUAUGAUAUCUAUAUUUUUUAACACACCCUCAUGAACACACAUUUCCCCUUUAAUCUUCACUGAGACACUGUCUUUCUCUGUCCCUCUUUACUUCGUUUGUAUCCAUGGUCACUGUCUCUUGACUUCACACGCUGUGUAAAAUUGCCAAAGGUGAAAGUAGCGGUGUGAGUUCAACAAGCGGGAAAUGAGCGACAGUGAUGUAGUUGAAGGACUGCUGAGCUCGCUGCUUCAGUUAUUAUUCUCAGCACAAGUCUGAAAGAUUGACUCAGGAGGGAGCUGCAGCCCCCCUCACCCUGUGGGUCCUUCACUCCACUGAGUCCAUGAUGAUUCAUAUGAUGCAAUAGGAGCAUUUAUGUAGCACAGACACAGCUCAACAUAUUGAAAGACAAUAUGAUGUCUGGCUGAGAGAGGUUACCAAGAAGGGGAGGAGGAUUCUCACUGUCUGACAACGCCAAAAUCCAUGUUGUGGGGCCGUAGGUAUCAAGUCAAUCCAUGUAAUAACCUUUGGUUAUAUUAUUUCCUUUACUUGUGUUUAGGGCUGGGCGAUAAACCGAUAACAGUAUAUAUUGAAAAUUAAUUUCCCUCAAUAUCAAUAUAAAACAUGGUCAAUUUGCUUUUUCAAUAGUUAGCAUUCUGUCAUGUUUUGGUAGACCAUACGAAUAGCCAAUGAGAAGGGGAGUUGCUCCGAGUCCACGUUGCGCUAAACCAAUCAUGUGCUGAAUUAGAACUAAGUAGCAAACAACUGCACAACCAUAGCAAUAUAACACGUGAGACCAACAGCAGUAUGGUGUUCAUUUAAGAGUAACAGGGAACAUUUAAGAUUGACAAGUAUUUUUUAUGUGUUGAUAUGUAUUGAUAUGGACUGACAUGAUCAAAAAUAUAUUGUGAUGAACUUUUCCCACAUUGCCCAGCCCUACUUGUGUGUAGUAAAUGUACAUUCAAUUAGAAUUAUUGGAAAGUAUACAGACGACAGAAAUGUUUCCAGUGUUGCUAUCCCAACUUCAUAGAGCCAACCCCUCACUCACAUUCUUGUUAUUAUAUUCGUAUAUAGACUCUCAGCACAGUCGCAAUCUCUAUCAGACAAUACAAAUAAAACGUACACUGUGUGCACCUAAAACAAUCCUGUUUGAAAAACAAUAUAACCUCAGUAGAUCAUAGUAUACAAGGUGAGAUGGAAAUAGCUCUUCUAUUCAACCCCAUUAUCUACAAGUAUAUACCAUCUACAAAUUAUAAUAGCUGUCAAUUAAAUACAGUGCUCAAUUCAGAUCACGCUCUCUUUCAAGGCCAAGUGUUGAAUUGUGGGGAAUCCAUUGCUUUAGGGAUGCUUUUCUAUUAAACAAUAUCACUUACAGCCUACUGUAUUUUCUCUAAGGCAUCACAGAUACCACACUCAGAGCUAACUGAGGCAUUUAUCAUUGAAAUCCAUCUCAAGAGGCGAGGAACCUUGAACUGCAAGUGGAGAGUGCCCGUUCACAAGCACUAAGCACCCAAUGUGUUUGUUUUCGCCACUAUCACUUCAAAGUCUCAUUCAGUUCCCACUCCCAAACGGCUCUUGGUUCUUUGAUCUCCCCGCAGAGAGAUGAGCAAAUACUUGAAGCCCAGCGAUUCUGUUUGCAAUUUCAAGGCGAUAUUUAGAGGCAAAAGAAUCUCAAAUAUUUUUCUAAGCAUAGGUGAUAAUAACUGCUUUGAUAUAUUGUAUACCACUAAUGAGAAAACGCUGAUAGAAAGAAACAAGAUUAUAGGUGAUAGAAAAUGAGACAAAGAAACUGGUAUAGAGAGAUAUAGAAGUACAGAGAGGUACAAGCAAUACAGAUACAGGCAAUAAACUGCUUGUCAGUCUCUCUAUCACUUGGCAAUGUUACUGAUGCCUUUGAACCCUUUACAUUUUGUAUCACUCAUAGUCUAUUAAUCACAAACAUUUUGAUGAUUUUCAGAAAUAUUUAGCCAUCUUUUGUUUUGUGUUAGAACACAUAAGAGACCGAUUGAUCGGUGGGUCGAUUCAUCUGACUGAUUAAUGACCUUUUGACGUAAUCAGCUACACAUCGGCAUUGGCCAUCGUAAGGCCGAUGUCAUCAUUAUCUUCUCUAUAUGAAAAAUUCAUUUUUCUCCAUCCCCAGUGAUGCCAUAUUGAAUCUAAAACAGUCUCAAGCUAGUGUUUCAUCUAAAUUCUGUUAUGUUGUAAAAAACAAUAUAGUUAAAUAUAACUCCUUGUGUCGGUCCGUCAUGUUCAGAACACAAUUGCAUGACCUGACGUAUUUGUCUUUUUUGUCAAUUCAUGAAAAAUACAUCUCAAACAUGUUACCGGGGUCCGUGUAUUAUCCGUCUAUUCAAUUACUCCAUUCAGUCUAGUAAAUGAAAAAUGAAAAAAUGAGUCAAUAUUUUGUUUAUUUGUUUUUCUGUAUAACCAAAAACUAAAAAAUUAGUGAUUUUUUUGUAUUUUUAAAAUAAUAAAUCUUAUUUACAAUUAUUGAUUUUUGAGUGCGCCUGUUUUGAGCAUACGUGCAUAGAGGCUACAUCGGCCUUCCCAUGAUCCUCAGCGACAGUUACCAUGGUGAAAGAUGCGACAGAGCGGUUCGAGCGCCAAAAUCUUACAUUGUAACAGAGCUCUGGUUGUAAUUUUUUCUACAGUCAUAUCUUCCUCCUUCAGCGUGACCCUCCUGGCGACUUUGAAUAAUAUGUAGGAUGUGUCCAUCUUCAUGACAGCAGGUUAGCAUUUCUCUACCGAUCUGACCACGAGUUUUUGGUCCACGUCUGUUAGCUACUUUGUGGUGCGAACAGUAGAAAGGCACCAUGGGAAAUGGGGACAUCGAUAACCCAAAAAUGAAAAGCAGAUUUAUUAUUUUGUUCUCGCUUCCAUCUCUAUCAUAUAUUCUGUUUUGAACUGAAAAUACAUAGACAAAUACUAUUUUUUUAUUUUUUGGUCAUAUAGAAAAACAAAUAAACAAAAUAUUGACUCUUUUUUUGUUUUUUGUUUACUAGAUUGAAUGGAAUAAUUGAGUAGACAGAUAAUACACGGACCUACCGGCUAAGAUGCUCAUGUUCAAACAAGUUUGUAAUGUACAAAGAAUGAUAGAUUGACACAUGGUUUCCCUUUAGUAAUUGCUUAUUAAAUUAAACAUUCCUCAAAGUGAUAUUUCACCAGGCCAACAAUUUUUGUCCACAUAAAAUAUUCUCUCAAGUUCUGCUAUUUUGUUUUUCAUUAGCAUGUAGAUUUUAUUUUAUCCUAUUCUGUCAAAUGCCAAACAACAAAAAACUGAUCAUUUCCCUGCCCACAUAUUGUAAAUAGUGUUAUUUUUUUCCUCUUUUGCUCUCAUAAUUGUAAAUUUCGUCUCUUACAUGGCCUUCAACUCCUCAGUAUUAAAAUAAGUUUUUUUUUUCUCCUGUCUAGUCGAGCCUUCUGCCAAUCCGAUCACGUUAGGUCCGUACAGAUUUGGCUGCAAAUGUCACACUCCAGCUGGGAGUUUAAGUUGAAAGGUCAAAAUGAAAUCCUCCCUGGCCUGAGAUUUUUAAUCUUAUCACGCUUUGUUAGAAAGCAGUGUUAUUUAGCCACCGAGUAGAAAGGGCCAAAGUUCACUUUGGCUGCUUGUGUGCCGACGGUGGCAGAUGUUGCUGUUGUGAGAUCUCAGGUCAAGGUUUGUUUAUUUGCAACUUUGAUCCUCUCACUCUCCUCCUCUCUAAAACGGUAAAUCAAAUUAGCAGUACAAGCACAAAAUUCGAAGAAAAGGGUUGAUCAGUUGAUUCAUUGGUGUUAUUUUAAGAAGUUCUUGAGGUUUUAUGUAAAGAGAGAUUUAUUCAAGUGGAAAAGGGGAUGAGGAAGAUUAAAAAACUUGGUGUCAGAUAAUGAAAGUCAUAUUUCUCUCUAAGUGUCCAGUGAAACCAGUACCGGUGCAGAAACGCCUUUCGUGCACUGCUGCUCUCAUCUCUCUCUCUCUCUCUCUCUCUCUUUUGCUGUGUUUUUUUUCCUCUACCUCGCUUAACCAUCCAUUUUAACCGUCAAUGACCUCAAAGCGCUGAGGUUCGUGCCAUAGAAAUGAGUGGUCUUUCCCAAGUGUACAGUUAGUCGCUGUGCUGCUGGUAACACAUCAUCCCUCCAAGCCACUACCUCCACCCCUCCUCCUGCUCUUCUUCUUUCUCCUCCUCUGUGGUGCAUCACCCCACUCACUCGCUCUCAGUCUCUCCUUCUCUCUCCUUCACUCCCUGGCUUAAUAUUGAUCUGAAUUCAUUUGUUUCUUAUUGAUCUGCCACUCCACCCUCUGCCGCAUUGAACAAACACAAGGACACACACCGUGCACACAUAAGCCCUCAUACUGGCACCCAAACAGAGGCAGCACAUGCACGUCUACCUACACGUCUCCUACAAGUACACAAAAGGUCUAAAUUUGAAAACCUGUUUGCUUAUAACGUGAUUUCAAGGUUAAUAUGCUGGCGCUGCAGACAGACACACCUGCAAUCACACACUCUUUAUCAGAGAGAUUGCAGCGGCUGAAAACAUGAAGGUUUGGAGAGGUCUCAGCUCAAGCACCAGACAAGCUAAUGACAUACAAAGGAACCUGGAUUCUAUAUUGAUCCAGCGCCUCAGGAGUGAGAUGAAAACACGAGCUGUCUGGGGCUGGUACCGGCGGGCGACACAAAUACAGCUGCAGUUCAUUUCUCAGGUUUGCUGAAUUGUACUCAGUCAUUACUGCAACAAAUGAGAGGAGCUCAGUUUGGAGGAAGUUGUUCAGAGAAGUAUUUUAGCCGAGGAGCUGUUGAGAGCAGGGAUUGUGUAUUCAGAUAGGAGCCAAUCAGUUUCAUUUUGAUUCCACUCCAAGUUUGCUUUUAAAUGUCUGGAAAACAAAGCGGAAAAUGAAGUUAUGCUGUAUCAAAACUACAGAGAAAUGCAUUAGUUUUGCAUUAGAAGUCAAUGAGUAAUGACUUCACCGUGCCAUGACUAUUAAGGCUGGGACGGUAUGCUUUUCUCCUGAUUCGAUUCUUCUACGUUUUUUUUGGAUGCGGAUUCUACGGUGGCUGAGAGCCGCCACUUCUGCAAAUAAAAAAAAAAGAAUGCAAUAAAAAAAAAGGUCACAAUGGAAGUUACCGAUGCAAAAAAAGAAAGUGAAGUCCGCUGCAAAUAAAAAAGAAACGGUGCAAAUAAUAUAAAAGCCACAACGGGAGUUAACAACGCCAAAAAAAAGUGGCACUGGGGAAAAAAAAAAGUUACUUACUGAUAAAAUAAAAGGAUGCAAAUAAAAAAAUCUACGACAGAAGUGAGCUGCCAGGGACCAAUAAUGACGAUGCACCAGUGUUUUCUCCUGAGUUGAUAUGAAGUUAAACUGGAGGAUGUCGGUGUAGUGUUAGCUUCAGUUCAACUUCAUAUCAACUCAGGCGCUACAUGGCCUGACCACAUGACACAUUGAAAGGCGCACGAAGCAAAAUCAAACAAUAACCUUUCCACAAACUUCUUUGCUCGUCUUCUCGCCAUGUCGUCUUCAGUGCUUAAAUCAUAAAACACCGGUGCAUCAUCAUUAUUGGUCCCCGACAGCUCACUUCCGUUGCGGCUUUUUUAUUUGAAUCCUUUUAUUUUCGCAACAAGUAACUUUUUUUCUUUUCUUUUUUUGCAUCAGCACUUUUUUUUCGUCGUUACCUUCCAUCGUGUGUUUUUAAAAAAAAAUUUAUAUGCGCUGUUUCUUUUUUUAUUUGCAACGGGCUUCGGUUUCUUUUUUUGUUUGUUUUGCAUCGGUAACUUCCGUUGUGGCUUCAUUUUUUUUGUUUGCAGCAGUGGCAGUUCUCGGCCACCAUAGGUUCAAUUUAAACUGUGAUUCUAAGGUAUUGUCGAUUUUCUUGAUAGUCUGCAUUUUUAACACCAGUGAAACUGUUUAAUAAUUAUGAUUGUCUACUGACUAUUCCAGGAACCAUAUUUUUCCAAAAAAUACACAUCACAUGUAAGUCAGUUUUUAAGAUUUAUUCUUAAAUUUGAAAUACAAAAUGGAUUUAAAAAUUGUAAAAUACAGAAUAGCGAUACUUACGUGAAUCGAUUUUUUUCUCCCACGCCUAAUGACUGUAGACAUCCCCCUCAAAAAACAAAAAUGAGGGGUCAUAUCUCCAAACGCAGCAGCGUGGCUCCUUGAGCUCUUUGACUAAAUACUUCAUAUUUUCAGCGCUCAGUGUUGACUUCAGUUUCGAAGAGUGCGACUCCAUCUUUGGGAAGCCGUGACAGGUUGGCGAACCAUUCCUGUGGCCCCACCAACCACUCCAAAUUUUUGGUCGGUGGCAUUAAGUUGCCAUGACGCCAGACUGUUUUCCCUGCCCUCUGACCCCCUCUCAGGACAUGCUGUGCUCAGUCAGACAACAUCUCCAGCAGCGGCUUGAGUUCAAAGGGCUGUGAAUGGGGGGGUAAAAGAGGCGACGGGGGAGAGGCUGCGUUUCCUUUCGGUAAUAUUAGAUAAGAUACACCGAGGGCUAUACUCGCUUCCCUUAAGUGGAUGCAGACAGGAGCACACGGAUCCAUACAUACGCACACGUGUGGGAAUUAAUGAGCGCAACACAAAACACAAAAGCUGCACCUCUUAGUCUCUGUUGUCUUUCAUUGUGUUGCAGUGUCAUAAUUAUUGCAUUUGUUUGGCUCACUGCUGUUUAAUUUAUGAUGUCGGAUUGUAUUUUCCAGCAUUAUUAAUGUAUUAUUCAUCACCAUUGACUUUAAACGUCUCAGCUCGACGUGUAUUUUUGUACCUCGCUUUGUUGAUGGAACAGUAUUUGUUCUCAUCACUUAGCCGAUCCGUUUUUAUACCCUGCUCAUGAUGUCUGACGUGUUUCUAUGUGAUUCUAUUGUGUUCUUUGUGCUGACCAGCGCUUCAUCUCUAAUCGAGGUUUUAGGCCAUUAUGAUUCAAUUAGCUCCUAGUAUUCUUUCAUGAUGGUUUUUGCUGAAAAGGCCACUCUAGACUUUGUGGUUUGGAUAAAAGCCCAGAUAAGGUUGUGUCUGGGUGGCUGACUUUAUUUAUUUACUUAUCCCAACUUCAUGGCUCGACGUGUUUAUUGAUGUUCCCUUUCCUACCCUGUGGUAUGCUAAUAAUUUGUACAAUGCUCUGCUGAUUUCAGGAAUGCCGUGGUCAACCGUAGACGCUCCCCGGUGAGAGGAGAGCCAUGGGAAAAACCUCAAACAGGAUCUCAGCUGUAAGGUAAAUGCUUUGGCAACAUCUGUUUCUUCCCGUUCAUACCAACAAAGACUCUUUUGAUUCUGAGUGAAAUGAAAAAGAGAGUAAACAGCUUGAGAGAUCAGAGCUGGAGAUGGAGAAUACCAUCUCCAAGUGUACACAGAGACACGAGCGUAAUCAUGUCUUAGAGCUCCUUUUUUUUUUCUCUCUGACUUUCUCUCUCUGUAUCCUCCUCUCUCUCAUCUUGAAUUCUUUCAAAAUACAUUUUAAAUUGAAGCAAAAUUGUUUCAUCCCCCGUUCUUUAAAUGGACCUAUUCAACUGUUAGCUAUAACGCAGUCAAACCUGUUGAAAGAAGACUAAAUCGGAGCGCCAUCUUUUAAUGUUAUUCAACAUAAUUGCAUAUAGGAUCUCGUGUAACUGCUUGAGCAAUUAUUUUCUCAUCCUCGUUCUUUUUAUAAAGCACAAUCUGCAGAGAUAAAUGGGUAUUAGCUAACAAUACAGGCCUCAAAUCAUUUAUUUCACCCUGAGAGUUAAAUUAAAAAAAAGAAACAGUACAAAAUGAUAUUUGAAAAAAGAGAUUCAUCAUUUAAUAAUAAAAAUAAAUUGUUUACAAGAAAUAUCACCUUGAUGGAAUAAAAACAUUCAGUUCAGUUUGUAUUUUUUUAACUAAACUUGCUGUUUGCUUUGUGCUCAGUUUUUAGGACGCACAUUCAGACUUUCUCCUCUUCUUCAUAAACACAUGUAUGCAAGAUAUACGCACACACACACACAUACUGGCCGACACUACCCAAUAGCCAUUGACAACAGUGCCCUAGCAACCAUUGGGCAUCAUGCCAAGCCACUGAGGUUGCCUGGUAGUGUGUUCCCAUGGUAACAUUUUCUGCCUUUGUAAAUAAGGUACGAGGAGAGCGAAAAAGGGGGGCUCGAGAGAAAUUGCACCACAGAGUCUCAUUCUAUCUUGAGAGAGCUAAUAAUUUCUGGAUUUUCGAGUAGUAGACACUUACCCCGGCCCUGCGCCGAGCCGCCAUCCCGCUGAAGUGGUGCAUUAGCAUCGAUGGGGAUCUUUGGUACGAGUUCUCCUCACAGAGGGUCAGAUCCAAAUUUGAGGAGGACAAAGGAGGAGCAUUGAAUUUCCCCCCGUCUUCCCUAGUCUCAAAAUAAGCGACAAUCACACGACUAUAGUAUUUACUUAGAAUUUCUUCUUUGCACAUCUAUCUAUCUAUCUAUCUAUCUAUCUAUCUAUCUAUCUAUCUAUCUAUCUAUCUAUCUAUCUAUCUAUCUAUCUAUCUAUCUAUCUAUCUAUCUAUCUAUCUAUCUAUCUAUCUGAUUGAAUGUCUCUGUUGUUUUCUUAAAUUAUAUCUUGUCUUCUUUUUAAAUUGGGUUUAUUCGUGAGCACCGUUUUGAGCACUUCAUAAAGUCUGUGGUUCUGUGGAAUCCAGAGGACCAUCGGUUGUUUUUGGAUGUGAGUUUGGGAACCGCUGUUGGGGUCUGCAUUCCUUGUGCUGGCUCUUGCCAGACGAUUCGUGGCUGCGGAUAACGGUUUAUUUGCUGUCACUGGGCAGAUUUCACUCCUCCGUGCCCCCUUCAUUGUUUGGGUGGUGCCAUAGUCUCAGUGCGUCACUUCUUGGAGACAAGUGGUGUGGUGUGGAGAGUCACCUGAAGAUUUUCUUUGGUCUUUGUUUUAUCUCUGGCAGCAAAGCCUCGAUGAGUGUUCUUGUUAAGAAAGGGGAUUUGUUGAUUUUACAGGGAUGUCUUACUGCAGGGCAAUGUGGGCUGGUGCUUUCUGGACUUUGGUGCUUUCUUCAAUUUAUUAUCUCACCGGCUAGUCCGUGAAUUAUCGGGUACUUUUACAGGGUCACGUUUAUGACGCUGAUCUCUUCAUGUCUAUUGCUGACAAUUUUGAUUUCCAUUGAACCAAUUUGUGAAAAAGAAUCAAAAAUAUGUAUUUUCCAAAUGUAGAAUUUCCUUUAUGAAAUGUCAAGCUUAAUUGUGUGCGUUUUCACACAAAUCCUCAUACCUCUACAGCAGAUAUUCCUCCAAAGUUAGAGCUUAUUCAGAUUUACAGUGACAGAAAAAACAGUAUGUUAUCACUCCAGUAUUGUCUCAGCUGUUGUUGGGCAAGAUUAACACAUGGAGAUGAUCGUGUGUGUGAUAAUCCACACACCCAGAGUCAUUAUGGAAUCUGAUAAUAGCAACAGUUUAGAUUAAAUUAGCAACAUGAUUUCUUGCUAAAUGUGAUUUGAGAGGUUUACAUAAACUCUGUUAGUGUUAUGAAUUAAAAAUUGGCUGUAAUUGAAUUAUUUCGAGACAUAAGUCAGUUGUAAAUCAUAAUGAUACACGUGUGAAAUCCUGCUCAGCAACACAUGCUUUUAUCUUUCAUUCAUUUUUCAUCUCACAAUGAAAACAACUCGUGAUCUCAAAUGUCCCACAUUGAUAAAAUGUUGUCAUGGUGAAUAACUCUAGGUAUGGCACUACCUGUUUCCCAACAUUUUUAGGUUCAUUAAUAAUUCAAUGAGGUUACCCCAACUAAAAUUAUACUUUAGUUCAACAUGAUUAGUUUGUUUUCACUCCCACAAGAGGCCGAGCCGUAAUCCCAACAAAGCGUCACCUGACCCGACACCAGCAGAGGUUUGGGCUCCAGAGCGGGGGGCUUCCCACCAGACUCGCAUUGGCACACAAACACACCCAGGCAGUUUGGCAAAAAAGCUGGCACUGGCACAACCAUGCCGCAUUCAUGCGUGAUCUGACUGAGAAUGAGACGGGGAGAGAGGUUUAAAAAGGGGGAGGAGCAGAAUCAAGGGGAUCGAGAGAGGUGACUUGGCUGGUAUUAAGAGAGAGAGGGGAAAAAAAAAAAAAAAAAAAGUUGUGUAAGAUUUCCAGACCUGAAACGUUCAGUGAUGAAGGACAAAUAAGAUGCACGUAGAGAGGUGGGAGGACGGCCAAAGGAAGAAAAUGAGGGGUAGGCAGAGGGUGAGCUUUUAGCAUGGCAGAGGGCAAUGAAGAGAUGAGGUGAAUGGGUUUGUGUUUGGAAGCUGGCCAAUUAAAAAAAAAAAAAAUCAUGUCUCUAUUAGGCAUAUGGUGCUGCCAAACCUCUUGAAGUUUAACACCUAGUCUGCUCAUUUUUCACACGAGGAUAGUCAACUGUCAAACUCUUUCACGGAAUAUCAAAUCCAGACUCAUCACACAUAGUUUUAAUCCUAGUUAUGUAUUUAAACAAGCCGUUUUUAUCUAAUUCCAAUGCAGUACGCACAAAAAUGUAGUUACGCCCUUUGCAAAACAGUUUGGCACCUCCUGAGGAAUCCGAUACAAACCACUCAUGUGUUUGAACUUCGCUUUGUCAGUAUGCCCCCAAUGGUCCGAGGCUUCAAGGUUGUAUUUUUUGGUGCAUUGACCAAGCUGAAUAGGAGGCCUAGCAACUCAGCUGCACAGCGGCGAUCAAGUAAUCAAUGAGUCCUUGAGGCACAUAGGAGGAGUGUCAAAACACAGCCAUUGACUGCUAAUAACAGCCAAUUUGCUGCUUUUUGCAGGAGAUCACCUCAGCUAGAUGUUGAAUGUGUGGGUGCACCCCAGUAUUUACAGAGUAUUAGAGAGAUUGACUGAAUAGUGCUGUUACUCCAAAUUGUCAUCCAAUUACUCACUGAUUAGAUCGCGUUUCCACAAUGAAACUUCUCCAAAAUACACUGAUUUCUCUCUAUCAUAUGCCCGAUUUUAACCGUGCGAGCUAUGCAGCGUGUAAUGUGUUAUUGUGUCAAGCUGUCAGACAACAUUUAUGAGACAGUUUCAUGAAAAUAUGUGAAAAAACUCACAGAAUUCAGGUUUGCUGUCAGCCUUUCGUCCUUGCACUCAUUCAUAGUCUCAUUAAUAUUUGGCCUGUCUGAGGCAGCCUCUCGGCCCCUCUGCAGCACCGCUGAACUCUGUAGGGUGCUUCACAUCAGUCACACUGUUCGUCCUUGUUGAUGUUCAGACAUGAGUAGAGUGACGUGUAGCUUACUACAGACCGCCCUGUUUGUUCUUCUGUGUAGUAUUCCCUCUUAGACAAUCAGCUCGCCUUUAUUCAGACAAUUAAUGCAAUUAAUGGUCAAAGGGGGCGUUUCGUUUCAUCUUUGGAUACCAGUUUUUUUAACUAAGAGAUUAUUUUUAUCCGCCUAGAUUUCUUAAAGUGGGAUGUUCGCCUGGAGAAGAGUCCAAGUUUUCUCUCAUAGUUAUAUCUUAUAUGUCUUUCCUAUUUGAGGACAGUAAAAUUAACCACAUAACAACAGAAACGCAACACUCCAAAGUGACUAGUGGCUUGUAUCAAAUACUAGUUUGCAGCCAAAAAAUAUAGACUUAGCACAAACGCAGGAUUCAGAGCAUAUGGCGCAGACUGAAUGAGUGCAUGUCCAAUCGUAUAUUCCUAUAUAGGGGGCGCACAGUCACGAUAUGAAGUGAGCCGCAUGGUGCAAAGAGGGUAGAUGAUGUCCCUUGUUUGUUCAUGGGUGUGUUUUGGGCGGAGCUUGAAUCGGGCCAAUCAUUGAGGCUGUUUUUAUUCCCUUUAAUAAACAGGUGCACAUGCAGACUUAUAUAUUGCUAUUGAAACAGCAGAGUUCAGCCUUUUUACUUGAAAUAUACCAGCGUCUCUCUUUCUAUUGUUCUCUACAAACACAGAGAAAACACAAGUUAUUUCAUUGAAUGGACUAAAACAACAAGAAAUGUAAAAAAAUCACCCUUUAGUUGUGUGUGAGAAACUUAAUUAAGAGAAACUUGAUGUCUUAGGCUGUAGCUGUAAGACAGUGCAUGGCUGAGGAUACUAGGAGAUAGCAGUGAGUAGCAUCAUGAUGUACAAAGACAAGGAAAAAUACCAGCAUCUCCAAGCUCUCUUUCCAUAUAAGAAAAAGAAAUAAUUUCACUGUAUCAGCAAAAACACAGGUGUUAUAAAAUGAGAUAAAUGGGAGCGUGGCUGUGCUCCUCUGUCUGUGCAUAAAAGGCAAAGAGAAGCACGUUGUCCUUUUUACUCUCUCUCACGACUGCGCCCUCAACAUAUCAGGAAAACACUGCGGCACUGACUGCUACUUCAGACCAGGUUUUUUUUUUGUUGAUCAAAGGCGCAGAUGCUUUCUGCUUUCUCAAGAUGGCAGCAUGCCACCUUUGCGCCUCGCCACACCUGUCUUUAAGGCCAACACACCCACGGGCGCCAGCGUGGGCAAAAGUUCCCCUGCUAUUUACACUGCGUGGGCACCGGGAUUUCAACUCAAGAGUACGUCGGGUGAAAAAUAACAAUGAGACUUGUGCUGCAUGCCAAAAGGCUUUGCGCCAGGUGCAGGAUACAGCCGCUCCUUUGCUACAUUUCACAAAUGAUUUUCAAUUUGAAGAUAAAAGUUAAUGCUUAAGUGAGGGAUGUGGAGUUUUCUUGUCAUGACAGAUGCAAAAGAAGCACACGGACCCAACCCUGCCACCAACCACCGAAACGAAUCAGAGUUAAUGGAGUUGAUAUCAUUUGUUGAUUCAUCAUUAAGGCCAUAUCAAGUAUAUAUAUUUAACAUUAAGGUAAAAAGGUUUUUUCUUAAUUAAGAGAUCAGAAUUUGUGCUGGUCCAAUUCUUCAACGUCAUGGUUUACUUUGAUUUAACUUUAUAUUACAGUAAUUCAGACUUGUGUUUAUUGUUUAUUUGGAUCCCCAUUAGCUUUUGUCAAGAUAAAGCUAGUCCUCCUGGGGUCCAACACAGAAAAUAAAACAUUCAAAAACAUUCAUCCGUGAUUAUAGAAUCGCUCAUUUACCAAACAAUUACAUAAAAAUAGGAAAAAAGGGUUUUACAAGGAAAUAACAGAAGGAAUCAAUUUGAAAUAAAGCAGGAUCAACUACAAUACAUUAGUAUUGUUUGAUGUUUGUCUUGAAAACCAAUUUUGUGCUUGAAUUUUCUAUAUGAUUAGGUAUUGAGUUCCUUCCUGUCGUGUUAAAGCGAGGAAACAUCAGAUUCAACCAUAACAAGAAAGAAACAUGAAUCUCACCCUAAAAUAUCUAACGAACAGGGUUAUUAUUUAUACCGCCACUGAUGAGUAAAGACAGCAAAAUGCAGAGAUGCGGUUCCCUUAACCAGCUAGCCUUUGUCAGGAGCUGUUACCUCGUGGAAUCUUAAGUAUUGGUUCAGUGAAACAAAAACAGCAGAGGAGUGUUCGACUUUCACCUCAGAAUGACAAUGAAGCGAGCUCAGAUGUGCUGAAUCGAGUCUUUGAGGAGAAGCAAGACUCCACUGGCUCCACUUGCAGAAGUAGGUCAGGCAGACGCCUACAGUGAGCAACUGCAGGUUAACUGCUCGUCUUUGUAUUCAGAGACAGUGAAGAGCUGCCUUGGCCUCUGGUGGGGGGUGGGGUGGGGUGGGGUGGGUGGUCUCUGUACUUUGUCUACCCACAAGAGGGAGACAAGAUCACAAAAAAUCAUAGAGUGGAGUUAUUAAGUCAGAUUGGGCUGUGACUCCUUUCACUUUCAGCAGUUUCAUAAUAGUACGCUUUGAUUUCUACUUAACUUCUUAUCUGUUUAGAGUUUUAUUACAUCUUUUGAAACAUUUUAUUUGACUUUUUUGGGUAUUAGUUCAACCCCUUUUCAAUUGUUAUAAAGAUACAAGUCAAAUACAGGUUUCUGGAAAUGAUACCAAGUUGUGUGCAUCCCCAACAUACCCUAAAUAUCUAUAAAGUUAUAUAACAAGGACAAGACAGAUGAGAGGGACAGGCAUGAGGAACAGACAGAUGUAAAGACAGGCAGACAGAAGUCAAAGAUGUAAAGAUGCCGUAAUGAAGAAGAGGAGGAGACUCCAGCGCUGACCCUGCUCCGGUGCUCUGCAGUGUGAGGUAGUUGGUUGUAUGGUUUCGCAUAAUAAACAGCCUGGAGAUAACUGUACAACCUUCUAGCUUUCCCUGCGGUGUCGCCCAGACUUCAUGCUGAUGCCACUUGCUUUUAUGCCUUAUGAAAGGGUAAGUACGAAGACGGACCUGAGAGGACACGCAGAGAGUAGAAAACUUGAUUCAUCGUUCUGAAAUAAAGCUUCCUUUACGUAUGACAAGGUAGCAAAAGAUAGGUGUCAAAGAGGUUCAAAGCAAAUGAAGAGGAGAAUAUAAGGCUCCUAUUUGGCUUUUGUUUCAUUCAUUUUUGUCACCGUCAUUUACUUUUACAAGAUGCUUUUAGCUAAAGGUCAAGUGGAUGUUUACGGUAGUGAUGGAAAAGUGUCUGCAGUUAUCAAGAGUGAAAUAAUUCAACGUUUCUCUUUCUUUAUCAAAUUUAAUUUCCGAGACACUAAUCACACUGACAUGCGAACAAACCACAAAACAGUUCCUGUUCUGACUUUAAAUCUAUCAAAUACUAACUAGUGAAAUACUAAUCAGGUUCUGCUGUCUAGGUCCAGCUAAUCCAGACGUCAAUAUGCCCACCUUGCUCUGCAGUGCUCUUUGAUUUGUGAUUUGGUGCAGUCUAAUGGGGGUAAGAGCCAGAUAUCAAUAGCUGUUUGUACGGCUGCUUUCUUUGUACGUUGUGCUCAAAAACACUGAAUCGCUCUUUAAAUGAGAUUACAACCAAGUGUGGACAUGUAACCCCUAACUCCCCCCAUGACGAUGCAGUGCUGAUGUUACAAAGCUUCUGAUUUUCACUAAACUCCCAAAAGUUUAGCGAAAUAUUUUACUUAUUUCAUAUUUUUGUUUCAAACUUGUAAAGUUCAUUUUUGAAGGAGUGCUGCUUACGCUGCUCUUGAGCUAACCAUCACUCCGGCUGCUCUCUGUAAUCACAGUGGAUAGUAACAGUAUGCCUAGACAUCAGUAUCACUGUGUCCUGAUACACUGGGGCUGUAUGUGAACUUGCUUUACUGCCUCCUCCUCUUCUCCCCCCCACCCCCUUUGCUUCCUAUCACACCCCCCCUCCACCACCACCACCAGCACCACCCUCACCCCCUCUGUCCCCCAGUGUGUCUGGCUAGUGGCUCAGACACUCAGUAUCCGCAUUGCGUUGCAGUGCUCCAGCGAGGAGGAGAAAAAAGAGCAUAUAUCAGCAAUCUGUGCCGAGCAUUGCUCUUUUCUGUGCGCACACAAAGAAGCGACUCCCCAGCUCAUUUCGACUCGAGAGGAAAUACAACCGUCACAAUAAAGCUGCCUACUAAACGCUGUAUUAUAAAAAGAAAUAUAUGGACACUUCCUUUAAUUCAUUAUAUUGCAAACAUAACAUUCAGUUUCUUUCAAAGGAUAAAAGUGAUUACAGAACAUUUAGUUUUAUUGUGGAAAUGAGCGUCUUUAUUUGUCCACAACAGGCUGUAAGUUUUGGCGAAAGAUGAAAAAGUUCCUCUGUGAGGUUGCACAAAGUCUGAUGGCUCAUUUGUCGCUCACCGUGUUGAGUUUUUGGAGAGUUUUGCAGCAAAGGAGGGUGGAUUGAUAUGUGAUGAACUGUGCCGAUUGUCGACCGCUGCGUUAAUGAAAUAUGAAAGACGAGCAGCAGUGUUGUGGUCAGAACGGCUGGGAGGUUAAUCACCUUUGGGUUCGCUGUGGCUUUCAUCCUCACGCUGUGUAAAAUCCACAGCCUCCCUCCCUCCGACGCCUUCCCCCCCCCCUCUGUCCCCCCACCUCACACAAACAGUUGCACACAGUGGUGAACAGGGACACGCACACACACACACACACACACUCUCACACCUUACCCACAUGCGCCUCCCCUCCCAACACAUCGAAUCUCUCGCCUCCAGAUGCGCGAGCGUAGCAAGCGCAAGUUCAAAACACACACAGUCAAACACAGAGUAACAGACACCCCGCUCAGAGACACGGCAUCGUGUGAACGCAGACUGCAAGACAGGACGUCACGCCUAGGAAAAAAAUGUACGGGGUUAGAGAGGGGGAGCGACGUAGAAGGGGGAGAGACGGGGAUGGGAGGCUGGAAAUGUGGGGAAGGGCUGAGACAGAGCGGGGGGAGGCGGGGACAGAGUGAUAGAGAGUAUUCAGGCAAGAGAAGAAGAAAGAGCGAUAGCUGGAGAUACUGCAUGCUUGCAUAAGUGUCUCAGUGUGUAUGUGUGCGCGUGUAUGAUGUAUGUAGGUGACACAGAUUUAUAAGAGGAGGGGGUCAUAGAUGGAGGCGCUGUUGGUGGUUGUUGGGGGUUGGGGGAAGUGGGGGAGUGUUGGUACAGCACCAGAUAAUGGAAUCAAUGCAAUCUGUGUGUGUUUUCACUGUCUGUGUGUGUGUGAGAGAGAGUGUGAGUGUGUGUGUGCGUGUGUGUAGCGUACCUGCCUCAUAGACACUGUCUGCCUGGACUCUAAUCGCCUGGAGAAUUAGUGAUGUGACUUGGCAGAGGGAAACAGGCACAAAACAGAGCCAGGGACAGCGCCUGAGAGAGGGAUAGAAGAAGAGGAGAGACAAAAAGAGGAGAGCGAGACAUGGAGGGGUAGCGAGAGGGGAAUAGCUUGUCUGUUUUUUGCCGCCGCGUACAGCGCUCACAGAAAGAGGAAGCCUGUGAAGAUGGGGCAGGAUAGGUUUUAUCAAGCGUUAUUUUCUUUGCCUCUGGAUUAAUUGGUGCUUUUUUUUCUCCCAGACAAGGGUAAAACGGAUCAAUAACUCAUCGAAAGAGUGUGUUUUGUUUCGUGUGUGUGUGUACCUGUUUUGUAUACACGCACUUGUUGUAUGCAUGUGCACACGGACAUUAGUACAAACGUGUGCAUGUGUUCAUGUAAGGAACACCAGGCAGAGACAAAUGGUGAGUCCAGAAUGACUUCAACGGGCCGACUAACAGGCAAUUCGGCUGACCACGUCCGCCGCCGCCAUCUUCCCUUCAUUUGUGUCCACCUUCAUGUUCAUUCUUUUUGACAUGGGUUGUUUUUUUUUUUUUAACACAAAAAUAUCUCACUUCAUCCUCCCUCUUUGCUUCUGGUUUUCAUCCUCCGGUCUUUGUCUCUGGUGUUUUUAAGAGCGGCACAGGGGCUCAUAAAACUGGGACAGAGGCAAACAUCUCAAAGCACAGAGACAAAGAGGAAACACAGAGAGGCAGGCUAAUUUCUCACACUGGCAGCAAAAAAGGCUUCAUGUUUUGUGUGCCUUUGUGGAGUCGCAUGUUUGCCUGCAUGAGCGUGCACCUGGCCACAGACAGACUGUGAUAGUUAGAGACUUGUUCUCGAUUGUUGGCAGACGAUAAAGCUGUCAUCUGCACAGACUUAAAAGUGAUGCAAACAGAGCUUCUCAGCUGUGCACCAGUUCUUUGGACCAGGGCUCAUAGUCUCCAUGUGGCAUCUGCAGAGUCAGGCUUGUAUGACAUUUAUUUUGUCUGGGGAAGAGUAAAUCAGUGUUGCUCCCUUAAGGCUCAGCAUCUUUGUCAUGGGGGCGAGAUUGCAUAAUCCUGUGAGAUCACAGGGCCUGUAGGAAAUAUAAGACGGCGGUGUAGUCUGCGGCUGCAGGCACAGCUGUCUGUGGAUGUUUCAUGCAUGUACACAAGCAAAGAGUCGUAUGUGUGUUUGUGUGUUCGUGCAUAACCCUGCGACUGCUUUGUUGGAGCUUAAUAGAGGCCGUAUGUUCGUCCCAUAUGCAAAUCCUGAUUUAUACAUUAAAUUUGAGGGAUUUCCUCCGCAUAUGUGCGUCUCUCUUCAAAUGCUUUGUCUAUCUGUCUGCCAGCAGGGGGCUUUUUUUUUUUUGGUUUUACACAGACCCGCACAGAAAAACAGGCGCUGGCUAUGCCAGGAGGAAAGACUGUAAAAGCGCCCUGAAAACGAACAGAAGAACGGACAAGAAAUGUUACGAGAACUGAUAUUUACAUGCUGAACAACGUAGCUCUAACAGAACCCUUCUCUUUCUGCAGGAUCUGAUCCAGACCGUUUGGUGCAGACGUGUCAAGACACAAGGUUCUUUUUGGGCUUCAUCCGCAUCGAUCAAAAACAACGGUAACCACCCAGUCUGACGUAAAAACUGCGUCUCAUUCUAGCGUCCAAAUCUCUUGAAACGUUUUAUCCCAUCUGUGUCUUUUUUGUUAAAACUGUAGAAAUGUAGACGUUAAUCUGACUGAGCUUCAGAAUCUUGGUGCUCGCUCGUACUACAUGUAUACCUGACAUGCGUCACAGGAAUAUAUACCUUACAUCUUAAUACUGGAUGCCUUAUCUAGUAUGUUAAGUUUGAUUUGGAUAAGGCUGCCUGAACAGUUUGGAUCAGCUCAGAGGAGUCGUGUCGGUCUGUGUGCGUCUUUGUCCCUGAGACCCUUAACCUGUGAUGAUGUUAAGGUCACAGGUGAGGUCCUUGGGAACAAAGUUGUAUGCAGCUGCAUCCGGAGACCACAACAUUCCCAGUGAUCAGACAAAGAGCUGCUAAUUUAAAGAACAUUAUUUUUCCUUUUUUUAAAGCUUGACUUUAUUACAACUAGUAAACUAAAAGGGAUUUUCCAACAUGAAGCCACCAGACGAAAUUCUGAAACUUUACAAGCGUGAAGGAAAGUCAAAGAGAGACGAUGACGUGCUUCUCCAGAGGGGGCAGAGUCUUUUGGCUGGCUUUGUGAGCUGAACUCUUGACAUGGUUCAAUAAGAAGACAGCCCAGGUUCAUGACCCCGAUAUGUGAUCCACAUGGGAUUGGAAGUUACAGAUCUGAUUACUUUGAUGUUUACUUUAUAAAAAACUUACCAGUCAAACCAGUCCAAACCCUCAGCAGAUUCUCAUUCAUGGAAAAGGUUUCAUUUGGCUGCAUUCCUUUAAUUUUCAUUCAUGAUUAAUCUGCACUCCCUUUUGUAUUUAUAGAUUUAUUAUGAAUGUGAAACGUCAGGAAGAUCCAGCUGUUUUGCUUUAAUGACAAUCCUUAAAACAAAUAUAUUUUGCUUAUCAUUCUGUGAGACAAAGAUGAACUGCUACCUUCACAGCUCAUGUUUUUUAAAGUUUAUUUUGAAAAGCAAACUGUGUUUGAUCGGUUAUCAGAAUAUGUGCUCAGUUUGUUUGUCGAUUGGCUGGUUGGUUGAUUAAAAAAAAUUGAUCUUGCAUUAUGUUUCCAUCAUUUGUGUUCAUGUAAUUUAUUUCGUUUGUUCUAGACUGACCUAAUAAAACUUCACAAGUUUAAAAAACAUGUUUGUGUUCUUUUUUUUUUUUUGGUAUAUGCAAUAAAGAUCUAAUAAAAGAGAAGUCAUUACCUUUAUUUGUACAUUUAAUCUGAUGUUGUAAUUGCAUGGAAUACACUUUGGCGCCUGGUCAGAGGUUCAACUGUGAGAUAAAUAUGAUAUCAGGUCCACAUCCAGCUUCUUCACAUUUCCCGGGGCAGACCUGGAGCAGUUUUGUGGUGCAUAAAUAAAAGUGACACGGCAUUGCUCUUUCACACCCUCAGCCUGACGCUCGGCCAGGGCGGCCCGGUGUCCCUGGCUCUCGGCCGCUCUGUGUUUGUGCAUCCCAGGACAGUUGACAUUGAUUGUGCGGGAGACAGACUGAGACACAUUAGUACCCAGCUCGCUCCUGCCGCUGAAAAACACAUUAACUGGCUGCAUUGGGAGCCCUGUCUGGUAACCAUGGCAAAGCACACAGGGAGAGGGGGGAAGGUGGAGAGAGGAGGGUUGAGACGGGGCAGCGGGUUCAGCAGGCAGUCUCUCAGGGGUUGUCUUUCUCAAACACUCCUUUCCUUUCCUCCGGCCACGUCUGUCAUUUUUUCUCAGCCUCUCUCUUCUUCUUCUUUGAAGUGACAGCCUUUCUCUCUCUUCUUUCUCUUCUUUCUCUCUUUCUCCUCUUCGACACUCAUAAACACAAUUUGCAUUUUUCUUUUCUUCCCCUUCAUUCUUCUUAUUGAUGCUGACCUCAUCAAUCUCCCCUUAACUCAUACUCCACCCCUCAUCCAACCACUCUCUGCUUCUUUCUCAAGUUCUUUUCUAUCGAGACGUUUUCCUCAAACAUUUCUUCUGUUGUCUGUUUGGUGAAGAAGUGCACUUAAGACGAGAGAAGGUGGGAUCUAAAACUGAAAUUAAAGGAGGACACACAUUUUAUCUUACCUAACAAAUAAACAAUACUCCUUUUUAGGUCUAUGUUUAGUCUGCGCUGUGAUUUUUAAAUGCUGAUUUUAACUGUUUACCGUGUUUAAUUAAUAUUUAAUUUUAAUUAAAGGUCUGUGCAUUCAAGUGAGGAAGCCUUAAAAUAGACAGACUUUUUGAACAUGUAUAUCCUUUCUAAUGUUUUGCUUGUAAAAGUCACACAGAUCAGCUGGAUAACUUUUCAGCCACAGUGACCUCUAAUGGCGUUAUGGGAAGAUUUUUAAACAAAAGUGAACAGAAGAAGUACAGAAUAUUGAACUCAGGGGACUUGUUAAUGUCAGUUUCAAGCUCAUUAAUAUGUAAAAGUCUAUUAAAAGUGAGGGCAUAUCAACCCCCCUGAGGCGCCAAGUUAUGAAUCAAAUUUCAAUGGGAUGUGUCAUUUUUGCUAAUGACUUAUAUAAUCUCAAUUAAAACUAAAUACAUAUUUAAGGUCUUUAGACUUGGUCUUCAUUUUUCAUCAUUUCCCCUCAAAGUUGAACAUUUUAAUUUCCUAUUUUGUCCUUUUUUCAUGUUGUGACAUGCUGGUAUUUUUUUUUUCUAUCUGUAAGAAUGUGGGAAAUUCAAAAAACCAGAGGCAGCACCAAUGAAACACAGUACACAUUCUACAAAUACAAAUACUGUGACGAUACUUGCACUAAAUAACAAAUAAAUAAACACACUCUAUAAGCAUGACCAUAAGGCAACAGACACACUUCCAAAACCACAGCCUUUCCCAUCUAGGAAAAAUAACGAACCAGCCUUAUAGUCAAAGCUUAUUUUGGUUUACCUAAAUCUACCUAUGCACACAGAGAAUAAAUAAUUUUUUAAGAUUAUUUAUGGUUGCUGCAAAACUCAUAUAUGGCAUUAAUGUGAUUAAUAAAGAUUCUAAUCUCUGUAAACUGACAAAUUAUAUUUAUAAUUGAACUGUAGGAUGUUGCAGUGGAGGUAAAGUUAGUCAUGCCCUCAUAUUUUGACCCCUAAUUAUGACCAUUGCUGACUGACUAUUAUUUACACUUAUCAAGACUGUAGGGGGCAGUGCUGAGCUACACAACAACAUUUUACCUUGCAAAGCAGCAAUAAAUUAACACUCGUGUAAAUGUGACUUUCUGCCUGGAUUUGGAAACUAAAUUGACAAACUGAAUGACUGGUAGUACAUUUUUAAAAUCAUUUUUACUUCUUUAUCAACUUACGGUUGUGCGUAUUGCAUGUAAGUGGGUACAUUUAACUUGGCAACUGUGUGGACUUGGAAAGAAGACAGCUGUUACAUAAUCUGUUUUACAAAAAUGAUAGUUAUUAGGGGGGAAAAGGUGGACCAAACAGAAGAAUUGCUCCUUGGAGUAGGCGCAAAGACUUUGUACUUCAGGCAUGUGGAGAAUAUCUUCUCAAAACCAGAGUGACUGAAGUAGGAACCGAAAGCGCGGGCUGCCUUUUCCUUCAGAGCCUCUUAAGCACUACGGACACCCGGAAGUGGCUGCAAAUUCAAACCGCCAUCACAGCAACAAUAAGCGCGUAUUUUUCUUCUCGUGGGCUGUCUGAGAAAUUUAAAAUUCACAAAAAAUAAGAGUGCAAACACGAAGAGGAUUUCUCGGAGGUGAGUUAUACACUCAGUCGGUUGCAGUAUUUAUGUGCUUAAUGCCGCUAGCUACUCUUUAAAGCGCCAUCUAAUUUUGAACUGACUAUUUCCUGGAAAACAAUCUGCUUCACCGUAAGCGAUAUUGAGGCCUUAAAAAGAUCAGAUUUAUUUACCUUUAGCUAGAGUUCGAGUGCAGGAGGGUUAUACUAAAAAAUUUUCUGAAUUAUUUUGGGGAAUGCAGCCCAAGAAUACUCAAUUUUUAAGAGUGUUUGCAUUGGUGUAAAAAAGAAACACGUUAGCUUUCCUUCUGCGCUGAAGCUUCCCGGCUUUGCAGCGUUGUGUUCCAGGAGAUAGACAGAGCCAUGCAAAAUCUAUUUUGGCUAUUCUAAAUCUCUAAAAGUAUAAAUGUUAAAUUUUUAACACCAUUUAUUAAAUUCUAAUAUUUAUUAUGUUAUAUUAUUUCAAGGUGUGUUAUUUUUGUGCCAUCUCAGUUUAUGGGAAAUAUAUUUUUUAGUUGUACUUUAUGUAAAUUACAUUAAGAUUAUAUUUACUAUUUUCAUGAUAUCAUGUAAUAAAGGUAAUUCAAUGGUAUUUAAGCACUUCCUUUGACAAAAUUAGGUAAUUACUGAAUUUAUGUGUGCAUCAAAUUCAUUACAUUAUUGACAAAUUAUUUGUGAUUAAAUUGUUUAAAUGUCAAUUUAGAAUUUGGUAUUGUUUGGUCACAUUUAAGGAUUUUUAUUUGCCAACAGGGAAAAUGAAAACAGUUUUUAAAAACUGUGUGUAAGACUUGGUCGUAUUUAAAAAGAUGGAUUAUUACUCCUUUUGAGUUAAUUUAAAAGUUAUUUAUUUUUUUUUAUGUUGCAUUUUGCCUUUCUUUUCCCUUUUUUUUGCUUAAAAGAGCUUUAAGUGACGAGAUUCCUGUCAAUAAAAUGUUAAACUUUAAAAAGCUCUAAAGGAAGCUACUCACAGUUUCACAGAUCACUAAUUGAAUCCACUCCAGUGGUUUUUUUGAUGGUUUGAAAAGCUGCAAUAAAAUUUAAAAUGUCUUCUAAAUAUCACACAUGUAGAUAAACUGGCAUCUCUCUUUGUAUUAUCAUUCUUUUCAGUCCAAACGUGUAACAGUGGAGGGUGUUACCGAGGUCAGCAGUAUGGAAGAAGAAAUUAUUGCUGAGACGGAACAAGGAGAUGCUGGAAGCAACGAGGGUGAGUCUGCGGGAGAAAUAGCCAACAGCAGUCCACCUAAAAGAGGAAGAGGGAGGUCAAAAGGGUCCAAGAAGCUGAAGGUUGGUGUCACAGAUGUUAACCUCAUGGACCUGGUGUCGGGCAUUUCUAAUGGUGAGGCCAAACCUGCACCCAAGAGGAGAGGAAGGCGCCCAAAAAUCUCUCAAGAAGAAAAAACAGAGGAGCAAGAAUCAGAGGACAACCACACUGAUAGCCCCGUCAAAAUUCACAAAAGACCAGGGAGGCCCAAAGGGUCAAAAAACAAGACCCUAAAAGUAGUAAGUUCUGUGACUGUCGGUGUCCCUGCAAAAAGAGGCAGGCCGAGAAAGAUAGUUGCCGAAGUUUUACCAAAUGAUGAAUCUGAUGUGCCAAAACCAGAAGGGGAUAGUCCUGAAGGAUCCGAGAACCUGGAAAGUUCAACAGAGGGUGAAGAGAACAAAGGUAGUACUGUAACGCCUAGAAAAAGAGGGCGGAAAAAAGGCUCUACCAAUAAGAAACCCAGACUGGAUCAACUGUCUGAUUCAGCACCAAGGAGAGGAAGAGGGCGGCCUAGAAAAAUCCAAGUCCCGGAGAGUGGUGAACAACUUGUGAAGAGGGGGAGAGGUCGACCGAAGGGUUCUUUGAACAAGAAAAAGCACGGUAAAGUGGGCCGGCCUCGGAAAGUGCAACUGCUUCCUCCUUCAACUUCCAAGCGGAAGCGUGGUCGACCACGUAAAAGCCCGUUAAAAAGGGGAAGGCCUAGAAAAUACCCUUUGCCAUCACCUGAGGAGAUAAACAAGCCAAGAGUGUGGAAGCCUUUAGGAAGGCCGAGGAAAUACCCACGUGUUGAUCCUCCAGAGGGAGCUCCGGCAGCUCUCAAAAGAAGCCGAGGUAGACCUCGCAAGUCAGAGUCCAAGAAAGGGGCUCAUUUGCACAAGAAAAUUCCAGCCCCUCCAUCCUCAGUGAGCGUCCCCAACAGUGGAACUCCCAGAAAAAGGGGUCGACCCCCAGGCAGUGGAAAAAGUGAAGGUGAAACCCCAAGUAAAAGGGGCCGCCCCAAAGGUGCAGUCAACAAAAAGAAGGUCCGAGAUGAAACAGAGCUCGUCGAUGAAAUCCCGAACCAUUCGAACGAAACAGAUGAUUCACCUGCCGUCACAGAAGAGGUGGUAGAGCCGACUGUGGAGAUGAUGCCAAUAGAGCAGGAGGACGAUGUUCAAGAAAUGCUGGCUGAACAGGAUGCAGGCUUGGAAGUCAGUACCCAGGAGUGA